CCCUAACUCAGGAAUUUACUGUGGUUGUCUAAGCAUUGGGCAUGUUACUCGGCCGACGAUCUUUGUAAAUGGUCAGAGCCGUUGGAUUUUGUUGAGGAGGUGUCGGCUUAAGGAAGAUUCUUGUGUAGGGGUUUAAGACCAUCCAUGGGGGAUAAGGAAAGGUGGGAAUUCAUUUGUAAAAGUUGAAUUGCAUUUGAAAUAAAAGUCUGUAAAGUAAUACGCGCAUCCGGGAAAUUGCAGGAAUUAGUGGGCGAAAAGUUUUGGAAUAAUUUCUUUCGACCCUCGUUCUCAUUGCAGGAGGUGGCCUGAGAAUAAGUACGAAACUACCUUUUGCAGAAAAGCUAGAUUUAGUCGGUUCUGAUUUAACUCCAUGGCAGACAACAACACCAAUAAUGGACCUUCUUCUGUUGCCUUGGAUCUGCCCAUAAAAAGACCAAGGUCCCAGGAAGAAAUCGACAACCAUUCAGCAGCGCCAUCUUCGCAAGAGACUGCCAUGGAGGAUGGAGCAGCGGAGAGUUACCCCUCUGUUAUCGCUGGCUGGUUUGCUGAAAUGAGUCCAAUGUGGCCUGGAGAGGCACAUUCCCUUAAAGUUGACAAGGUUUUGUUCCAGGGCAAAUCAGAUUUUCAAGAUGUCAUGGUGUUUGAGUCUGCAACCUAUGGGAAGGUUUUGGUGCUAGAUGGUGUGAUUCAGUUGACUGAAAGGGACGAAUGUGCUUAUCAGGAGAUGAUAACACAUCUCCCCCUUUGCUCAAUUCCUAACCCAAAAAAGGUAUUGGUCAUUGGAGGAGGUGAUGGUGGGGUUCUUCGUGAGGUAUCGCGACAUAAUUCAGUAGAGCAAAUUGAUAUAUGUGAAAUUGAUGGGAUGGUUGUAGAUGUAUCAAAAGAGUUUUUUCCUAACAUUGCAGUAGGCUUCCAAGACCCUCGUGUCAAGCUCUGCAUUGGUGAUGGUGUUGCCUUUCUAAGAGAUUGCCCAGAAGGGACUUACGAUGCAGUUAUUGUAGAUUCUUCCGAUCCUAUAGGUCCUGCAGAGGAACUGUUCAAAAAGCCAUUUUUUGAAUCAGUCGCAAGAGCUUUGCGUCCAGGAGGUGUGGUAUGUACCCAAGCAGAAAGUAUGUGGCUGCACAUGCCUAUCAUUGAAGACAUUGUUAACGUGUGCCGCCAAACUUUCAAGGGAUCAGUAAAUUAUGCAUGGACAACUGUUCCUACCUAUCCAAGUGGAAUGAUUGGAUUUAUGCUUUGUUCAACUGAGGGGCCACCAGUAGACUUUCGGGAUCCUAUCAAUGCCAUUGACAAGCAGGAAUGUAAUCUAAAAUCCCUUGGCCCAUUAAGGUUCUAUAACUCAGAGAUGCAUACUGCUGCUUUUUGUUUGCCAGCAUUUGCCAGGAGGGCAAUAGGGUCCAAAGUGCAACCAUCAUCUUCUUAGGUUUUAAGCAGUUGAGUCUAUUAGGAACAAAGGAUUUACAUCAUUGUUUAGGUGGUCUUGUUUCAUCAGCAAAAUAGCUGAGUAUUUUGUAUUUAAACUUGAUUAACAUCUGGGGAUCUAAACUUAAGUAUUCAAGUAUCUAUUGGAAUGUCGUCUACCUUUUUGAGUGAUUUUGAUGUAACUCAUGAAGGAAUAUGUCGUUUCAAUUUGAGAUACAACCUGUGAAGAAUAUAUCCAGCAGGUUGAGCAGAUUGUGUCAAAAUCUGGUCUGAAGGCUGAGAAAAUGUUUGAGCCCACCAUCAUCAUUAUUUUAAUGAAAUGAAAUUCUUUAUUUCAAUGUAAUGACCUUGCUUCAAAAUGUAGUUAAUUCGAUGAUUAAAGAUAAAUCUAAGAAGAUUCAUGGUAA